CUCAUAGGCCAUCUUAGAAUUCUAAAUCGCACAACGCUCGUCAAUCACCAAAAUUCUUCGAGUUGAAUCCAAGGAUUAACAUCCACAUAUUGUUUUGAUAAUCAUCAUAUCCUCAAAUGGGAGAGAAAGAGGAGAAGCAUGACAAUUCAGCAGAAAAGCAAGAAGAAAAACACUCAAAGAAUGAUGAGCAUGAGAAAGAUGAAGAGAAAACAAAAGAUAAAAAGAAGAAGAGUAAGAAGGACAAGGAGAAGAAUUCUGGUGAAGGCCAUGAAGAAGAAGAUGGUGAUGGGAAAGAGAAAAAGAAGAAGAAGAAUCCCGAAGAUAAGAAAGACCCGAUAAAACUUAAAAUGAAACUUGAAAAGCUUGAAACCAAAAUGCAAGCUUUAGCUAUCAAGAGAGACGAAAUCUUAAAAUUGAUCCAAGAAGCUAGUACUGCGCCAGUUGCGGAAACCGAACCACCUAAAUGAGAAGCAUCUACGCUGAGCUAUCGACGUUAGAGGGAGUUGGUUAAAUACGUACGCGCCGCAGCAACCCUUCUAAACGUUUAUAUUUAUAAUUUUAUGCUUAACUUGUCUGAUCAUAUAUAUGAAUUUUUUAGGAUAUUCCCUUUUAUAUAUCUCAAUGAAAAAAUCUACGUAACCUGUUGUAAAAACACAAAGUACAUAUGUAAUAUGGGGUGUUUGCAUGCAUGUCGAUGCUUCUCCGACAGUAAUCUAUCAGUUUUAUGUGAAAUUAAAAGCGUUUUCAUGAGGUAGAAGCAUGAGUACAUAUAUGAUCUAUUGAGCUGA